CUUUCAGCUCUCUUCUCAAAACCAAACCCUUCUUCAAUCACUCUCUAUAUAACCCUAACUCUUCUCAGACAUAUCUGCUCCGACAACCCCAGCUCCCACCUGAGUUCAAAUCCUCCCCACAGCAUAACUGUCUGUCUUUUCUUCUUGUUCUUAACAAAUUCUGUCUCUCAUUGCAGAAACCAAAGCUAGGGUUAUCUUCUUCUUCCUCCUCUGCAACAAAGAUUCAAACUUUUCUUCUUGGCUAACAUCAAACAAUGAACACAUUCUUAGAUGUUCCUCCUGGAUUUAGAUUCCAUCCAACAGAUGAAGAACUUGUGGAUUAUUAUCUUAGAAAGAAGAUUUCUUCAAGGAGGAUUGAUUUGGAUGUGAUUAAAGAUGUAGAUCUUUACAAGAUUGAACCAUGGGAUCUCCAAGAGAUAUGUAAUCUGGGGGCAGAGGAUCAAAAUGAAUGGUACUUUUUCAGCCACAAAGACAAGAAAUAUCCUACAGGUACUCGAACCAAUAGGGCAACAGCCGCUGGGUUUUGGAAAGCAACUGGCCGAGACAAGACCAUUUACUCUAAGCAUGACUUGAUUGGUAUGAGAAAGACCUUGGUUUAUUACAAAGGUCGAGCCCCAAAUGGCCAAAAGUCUGAUUGGAUCAUGCAUGAGUACCGACUCGAAACCGACGAAAACGGCGCUCCACAGCAAGAAGGAUGGGUGGUGUGUAGGGUUUUCAAGAAGAGAAUAGCCACGGUUAAUCGGAGAAUGAACGAGCACGAAUCGCCGUGUUGGUACGACGAGCCCGUGGCGGCAAUUAUGCCCGACCUCGACUCGCCAAGUUUCCCUCAACAUCUUUCGAAUUACUUCCCAUGCAAAAAGGAGAUGGAUUUGACUAAUUACCAACCCCAACAACAUUUCCUUCACUUACCACUUUUAGAGAGCCAAAAAUUGGUUCAAUCAGCCUCCAACUACCAACCGUCGCCCCCAAAACAGCAACUUUCCGACCAAAACUUGCUGUUUCUGUUCGACAACAACAACAAUAAUAAUGAACAAACAGCGGAUCAGCUCACGGAUUGGCGUGUGUUUGAUAAGUAUGUUGCUUCUCAGCUCAGCCAAGAGAAUGCUUCCAAGCAAGAACUUAUAGUCCCAGAAAAUGCUCCAACAUCCACUUCAACUUCUUGUCAGAUUGAGCUGUGGAAGUGAAAUUACCUCUUUUUUUCUCUUGAUUUUUAUAAUGCUUACUUCAUAUUAUACAUAUAAAUAAUUAAUAGAAUGUUCUUAGUGUUCAAAAGGGUCAAAUUUGAAGUCAUUUUU